AUGAGAAUCGGACGUGGAUGUGAACAUUGUCGCCUUCGUCAUAUUCGAUGCAAUAUCCGAUCAGGAGCGUCCUCGUGUGAUUCAUGUGCGCGACUGGGACGGAUAUGUCGACUUGAUCCGCUCUUCCGUUUCAAAUCGGUCCGUCAUGUAUACCAGAAGAGCCAAGGGGCUGCGGCGAGGUUUGAACUGGACUGGGACUCGGCACAGACCUGGGUAAAGGUUCCGCAGUCCUUGACAUUUGUGCAAGAGUCCACAGAAGAGUCGAUUGACGGUGUCGGCGGCGCUGCCGAAUCUGAGGACGAGGAGCAUCCCCCACAUAAGAGUGCUUUGGAACCUUCAUUCGGUGCUCUACCGAGAUCAAGCCACUUGCCUCUCUCUAGUCUUGCGGGUCCUCCCGAGGUGACUGGAAUCAUCGCAGCUGAAAACUCGGGAACAGGUGAGCAACCAGCAGCGUCAUCUGCUAUGUCCCCACAAACCAUUACCAGCAUUAUCUCUCCCCCCGCGUCAACAAGUACAUUGACCGGGAUAACCUCACCGACGAGUCCUUCAACUCCACGUUCAACCACUGCAAUCUCCCUUAGCUUCCGCGAGGCAUUUCUACUGCGCCUUUUUAUUCAGAAGAUCGCACCUUGGACCGAUAUAUGCGACUUGCGUUCACAUUUUAGUGCUGAGGUGCCGCGUAGAGCUCUUCAGGUGCCGAUGGUCCUCAAAUCCGUGCUGGCUCUCUCCGCACGCCUGGAUGCCAUCUUGUCCGACACAAGCGACUGGGAAGCAACUGAGUAUCAUGGGCAAUGUUUGGAGCUGUUAAUUGAUACCCUUGCGAAACCGGAGGAUACAUACGACGAUAACCUACUGAUUACGGUAGUCAUUCUGCGUAUCUACGAGGAGUUUGAAUGGGAGAAUGGUGAAAAUUGCCACUUCCUUGGGUCAAACAGACUGCUCAAUACCAUGACCAAAUCAGCAUCCUCCGGGGGGCUUGCAGAAGCUGUCAGCUGGCAGUUUCUACGACAAGCGAUCUUUGCGUCUAUUGUCCAGUGCCAGCCCAUGCAGUUAGAUCUUGGCAACUAUGAGCGAUCGGCUGUCUUUCAGCGUAAGGACGAUGCCGCCUACGCCAAUGUGAUUGUUUUUUUUUGUGCGCGUAUUAUCCAACUAUAUUCCUGUGGACCGGGUUGUCUGGUCGAUGAGGACGAAUGGCAUAUUUUGUCAGAGAGCGUGGAAGAAUGGUAUCGCACGAGGCCGACCAGCUGGCAGCCGUUGCAAUAUAAGGCCGCAAGCCCGGAAGAUAAUCGGCCAUUUCCUGAACUGUGGAUGAUGUCUGCACCUGCUGCGGUGGGACUGCAAUAUUAUCAUACCUGCUGCAUUCUUCUCACAUCGGCUGAUCGACACUGGGGAACAGUGAGCAAUUAUGAUCUGGCGCGACUACGACGGGUAGAAGAGAACACCAUCGCCUCACACAUUAUUCAGGUCAUAGGACUAUCCAUCUCCAACGAGACUGUUGAGAACGCAUAUUUCAUGGCAUGUCAUUUACUCGUUCGAUAUGGAUACUGUCUCCGCCAUCCUGUCGUGCAACGUGGGACGUUAGAGUUUCUAAAGAGGGUUGAGAAGGUAAUAGGUUGGCGUACGGCAAAUGCGGUGCGAGAAUUAAAAAAGCAAUGGGGCGAGCUACGGGACUUAGACUUGUGGGGAGGGGACUCGGCAUAA